UGUAAGCUCACUUUGCUCUACACAACUACUGCGACACACACACUAUUUGUGAACAACACACACGAGCAUCUCUGAACUACACACACAAAUAUACACGCACACACACACACACACACACACACACACACACACACACCUUUCUCCAGGAGCUCCUGCACUUCCAGAGGAGGAGGAAAGAGGGAGGAAGAAUUUGGCCUUCAUACUGCUGGGAUGAAGCGGGGGCUGCUCCUGGCCGCUCUAUGGCUGCUGCUGGUCCUGACAAUGUCCGACGGUCUAAGCGUGGACAGACCUCACAACCCGCAUGGUGAGACCCGGCGGGUGAAGAGGAGGCGGGACGGACACGGUCACGGUCGAGCCAGAGCAGGGCGAGCUAAACCUCUAAAGAUUCGACACAUUCCUGGUCCCAGCAUUCCAGUGGAGCCUGUCCUCGGAGACACUGUCUUGUUGGAGUCCUACAAGAACCUUCAAGAGCAACACUCCAGCUACAAUGUUCUCCCAGGUAAGCAGGGCCAGUGUGUCUACCAGGGUCUGACCAUGUUCAACCAGGCCGUGUGGUCUCCGCAGCCCUGCGUCACCUGUCUCUGUACCGGAGGGCGGGUGGUCUGUGAUGAGAUCACCUGUCCUGUCAUGCACUGCCGCCUCCCGAUCACCCCCCUUGGGGAGUGCUGCCCCGUCUGCAUGGAGCCAGCCCCCGCCCCAGAUCCCGACCUCAGCCUUGACCUUUCUGGUGACUCCCCAGUUCCGAGCGACCCCGGCAAAUCUGACACCCCGCUGACCCCGGAGGAGAUCCAGCGCAUUUUGUGGCGAGAGGAAGAGGAGCAUCGUGAGGAAGAAGAGCGCCUGAGGAAGAAAGAUGAGGCGAAGAAGAGGAGGAGGCAGGAGAAGAAGGAGCAGGAAGAAAGGCAGAGGAGGAUAGCGGAGGAGAGGAGGAGGCAGGAGGAGGAAGACAGGAGGAAAAAGGAGGCAGUACAGGAAGAAGCGUGGCAAAGAGAAAAAAAUCUGAGGGAAGAGCUAUUAGCAGCAGAGGAGGAAGAGGAGGUGUGGCUAAGAGGAGACGUCUUUCAAAUGCCCCCAAAAGAAGAGGAAGAACCCGAGGAACCAGACCUCCUCCCUGCUCCCAUCCCGAGGCCUCCUGUUGCAGAGGAUGAGCUGAAGGAAAAGGACACUGAGGAUGAAGAAGAGGGAGGAAAGGAGGAGAAAGAGGAUGUUGUGGUGAACAGAGGGCGUCUUCCUCCAGGCUGUGAGCUCUCUGAUGUCACCGUGACAUGUGACAAUGCCAAACUCACCUAUUUUCCCCCUCUCUACAUGCCUGAGCUCAAGUCUCUGAGCCUGGAGGGCAACAACAUCAGCAGCAUCCCAGCAGAGGCCUUUAAUGGCAUUCCCAACCUGGAAUGGAUCAACUUAAAGAAAAACAAACUCACGUCUGCUGGAAUUGAUGCCAGAAGCUUUAAAGGACUAAAGAUGCUGAAGCGUCUGUAUUUGGAUGGAAACCUUCUAGAAGUCAUUCCUUCCAACCUACCACCAUCCCUGCAGGAGCUGAAAAUUAAUGAAAACAGACUACAGAAGAUCUAUGAGAACAGUUUCCACGGUCUGACCAGUUUGGUGAUUCUGGAGUUAGAAGCCAAUCUGCUGAGUGAAUCCAACGUGGACCCAAUGGCCUUUGUGCCUCUCGUGGAGCUCUCCUACCUCAGACUAGGCGGGAACUUCUUCCGCUCCAUCCCGCAGGGUCUUCCCGCUUUACUGCUGGAGUUGUACCUGGAGAACAACCGGAUAGAAGAAAUUCCAGAGGGCGUUUUUAAUUACACCAGAAACCUGAACUUGGUUUCCCUGAGACACAACAGACUGGAAGAGACCAGGAUGGCUACAAUGGCCUGGAUCAACCACAGUAAUCUGGAAUCCAUCGACCUCUCAUAUAAUAAACUCUACCUGGUUCCGUCCUACCUGCCCAAAUCUCUGAUCCAUCUCGUGCUGGUGGGGAACAACAUAGAGCGGAUACCUGGUUUUGUGUUUGCCCACAUGGAUCCUGGUAUAGAGUACCUCUAUCUGUCCUACAACAAACUGGAUGGGGAGGGGAUUGAACCAGAGUCCUUCUUUGGAUCCUACCAUUCCAUGGUGGAGCUUUGUCUAGACCACAACCAGCUGAUGAAUGUGCCAUCAGGAAUCAAUGAGAUGACAAACUUACACUUCCUCAGACUCAACAACAACAAGAUCAGGAGUAUCCCCGAAGAGAGCAUCUGUGAUCCGGAGCAAAAUGGAGACUCUACAUUGGUGGCCUUGAGGCUGGAGAACAACCUCCUUGAUGGCAAAAAUAUCUCCCCAAGAGCCUUCUCCUGCGUGCGCUCCUCCUCAAGUGUGGUCUUAAAACCCCAGAUAACCAAAUGAACUAAUUUCAAGCAAAAACCAGACAUGUUUGCAGCUCAACUUUUCCAUGCAAAUACGUUUUUAUUCAAACAACAAAAGUCAAACAAAAAGUAAACCUUAUCAGCCUAUUACUGGGGCCAGCGUCUCUCAAAACUUUGCAAACCAUUUUAAAAUUGGUAAUAUUGUUAUUUGUGGUCUCACAGGCCAGCACAUUAAAAAGGUAAAAAACAACUCAGUAAAAUGUUACGGUAUGAUAUACGAUUCAAUUUAAAACUAUAUAUCAUUUUCCAAUUAUAGUUUGGUUGCAGUUACCAAAUUACAAAACAAAAAUUACUAGAAGACUACUGCUGGUCAUUUUAUCAAAUUAUCUGUACUGUAUCUGUUAUUUGGAUGUUAGCAAGAUUCCAAAUAGAGUCAUUAGUAAUAUAUAUAUAUAUAUAUAUAUAUAUAUAUAUAUAUAUAUAUAUAUAUAUAUAUAUAUAUAUAUAUAUAUAUAUAUAUAUACACACUACCGUUCAAAAGUUUGGGGUCACCCAAACAAUUUUGUGGAAUAGCCUUCAUUUCUAAGAACAAGAAUAGACUGUGGAGUUUCAGAUGAAAGUUCUCUUUUUCUGGCCAUUUUGAGCGUUUAAUUGACCCCACAAAUGUGAUGCUCCAGAAACUCAAUCUGCUCAAAGGAAGGUCAGUUUUGUAGCUUCUGUAACGAGCUAAACUGUUUUCAGAUGUGUGAACAUGAUUGCACAAGGGUUUUCUAAUCAUCAAUUAGCCUUCUGAGCCAAUGAGCAAACACAUUGUACCAUUAGAACACUGGAGUGAUAGUUGCUGGAAAUGGGCCUCUAUACACCUAUGUAGAUAUUGCACCAAAAACCAGACAUUUGCAGCUAGAAUAGUCAUUUACCACAUUAGCAAUGUAAAGAGUGUAUUUCUUUAAAGUUAAGACUAGUUUAAAGUUAUCUUCAUUGAAAAGUACAGUGCUUUUCCUUCAAAAAUAAGGACAUUUCAAUGUGACCCCAAACUUUUGAACGGUAGUGUAUAUAUAUAUAUAUAUAUGUAUAUAUAUAUACACAUACACACACAUAUACUGUAUUAAAGUCUGAUUUUGAAACAUGAAAAAUUGUAACAAAAAAAAUAACUUUUCUUUUUAAGGGUCAAAGUGUGACUCAUGAUAAGAUGCAGUAAACUUUUGAUUGCACAGCCUCCUCCACACUAAUGUAAUGCCGCAAAUUCUGCAAUAACUCUAAGGGCCAACAUUCUUGUCAGAUUUUCCAGUGACAGUUUGAGGUUGAAGAUCAAUAAUUACAGUGGCAGGGACAUAUUAAAUUAAAUAAUGAUUGGAACAGACAUUUGAAGAUGAUUACGACGAUGCUUCCUUUCUCGGUAAGACCAAUUCUAAACAUUAGAUAAUUGAGAGCAGAUGAAACAUAAAACUCUAUUUAGAUGUGCUCAGCUCACAGAUGCUGCAGGCCGACUUCUCUUUAAAAUGCAAUCUGAAUUAAAGAAUUUGAAUCAAGUCAGUGGUAGACACAGUGUGUCCAAAACCACAUUCCUAUUGGGUACUGUUGGCUCAGUGUUUGAAUGUUCCUCCCUCCAUGACGCUUCUGUGUAACAGCCUGGAUGGGACAGUUUGGAGUGGCUACACUUUCACGCUUUGGGACACCUGGCUGCCUGUCUUGUGACUACGCAAUCAGUAGUGUAUUUUUAAGGGGAUGGUGUAUCAGAGAAAUAACUACAUAGGGGGCGUGGGGAAUAACCAACACAGCCGUUUUAAGUCGGUUAGAAGCUCUAAAUGUCGUUUUUUUUUUAACAAUUAUUGGCCAGCCCUAGUCAGUGGGCACAGCUCAAGAUUGUUUUGAGUUAAAAAUAUGAAUGACUGAAGCAGUCAUCAGUGUCACAUUCAGACACUAUAGAGUGUCCGAAAAUACUGUACAAAUGCUAAUGUUUGCAAAAUAAUCCAUGUUACCAUGUUCCUGAAAUAACGACUGAAAAUUAUGUAUAAUGCAUGUCUGACCACUAUCACUUUAUAAUAAAAACACU